AUGGAAAUAAAAUUCAUACACGAAAAAUAUCUUUUAAAAGUCAGAGUUCCUCCAUUUAACAACUUUGCGUCAAAGUUGACAGAUCCAAUUGCUGCCCACUCUGUCAGCUUCGGUUGCUGCAAUGCAUACAAAAUCCCUGGUACCGCUCUUCAAAAACAUCCCGAAACUACCACAAUUACAUUCAAGAAUAUCUUUGUCUUGACUUCUGCCUUGAUAACUUGUAAAAAUGACUUAGUUAUAGAAGGAAUGAAGACCAGCUCAAAAUACAUGUCGUUUUCUGGCCACUUGCUACGCGAAGCUGCUCAAGUAGAUGAAGCAUUUUUAGGAGAAGAGGAAGAGGAAGAAACAUCUGUUGAUGAUGACGAGCAUGAUAAUGAAGAAGUAGAAGCCGAUAAGAACGUCAAUCAUGUAGAAGAAGAACAAUUGAAUAAUGCCGAAGAAGGUAUUGUAGGUGACAGCAACGAAAACAGCUUUGCAGAAGAAGAGGUAGAAGAUGAAGUUGGCGAAGGUAACUCAAACAACAAUGGGUACUAA